CUUAGUCGAUCAAAACAAUCUGACCGAAUAGGUUCGUAACGAUCGUGCGUGGUUAUUCGAUUUUUUUUAUUUACAUUUCAAUUUCAUAUCAAAAGUUAAGUUAGGUUAUUCCUAGAUCGAAGUUAUCUGUAUAUUUACUUAUCGGGGAAAGCUAUGUGGGUUGGAAUUGUAAAGCCGAAGAACUGAAAAUUAAACAUUAUCACCUGGAGUCGUCAUAUAAAAACUACCCACAAUGUCUUCGUGCCUGGGACGAAUAUUUUUACUACUUCUCAUCGGUUUCACAACCUCCAUUUCGACGCAAGAAAGAAGUUCCUUCCUAACGUCACAAAUCUCGUUGGAUGUCAGCAAUGCCAUCAACAAUCUAGCCCACAAGUUGGCAGUAAAGUUGCGUAACGAGCGAAGCAAAUCGGAAAUUAUAUCUCCUCUGAGCAUCGGUUCCUCGGUGCUUUUGCUGCUGCGAGCGUCCCGGGGGAACACCCGAAAUCAGCUGCUCGAAUUGCUGGGGCUGGCCAAAGACUACCAAAAGAAUGAUGGCCGAAUUCCGAAAAAUUUCGGCUACCUUCUGAGGGUACUGUUAGACGUUGGUGAAUGGGAUUCUUCGUUACUAAAGAAAACUCCAAAAUGGCAGGAUGAAGCGAAAUGCGCCCCGGAAGAUUACCAAUAUGAAGACGAGGAGGAUGAAUUUUUUCCAGAUUCUAACACAACAGAAGUGAACCUUAUUAAGUUGGCGAAUGCCAUCUUCGUUCAGGAUGGGUUGUUCGAGAAUGAUCGACUGCAAGGGAUCGUCGAGAAUCUGUAUCUGAGCGUCGUAGAAAACGUGGAUUUCGUCCGAGAGUCAGACAAAACUAAGGCUCGCAUUAACAGCUGGGCGAACGAAAGCACCAAUGGACGCAUUCCGGAAAUCAUCACCGACCCACUGAGUCCCGAUACAACGAUGGUGGUCGCGAACGCUCUCUACUUUAAAGCGUUUUGGGAGGAUGUUUUCUUGGCAGGCGCCACGAAGCCCAGGAAAUUUUUCCCAAAUGGCGAGGAAGAUGAAUCGGUAGAAGUUGAAAUGAUGGCACAUGGGGGUUGUUUCCCUUACUACUACUCAAAAGCUUUGAAUGCGAGAAUCAUGGGAUUCCCGUACAAAAACAAAACUUCAACAAUGUACAUCAUUCAUCCAUACGAUUCGAAUCGUUCCAAACUGGAAACGUUGAUUGAUAAUUUGGAUGCGACUGCACUGGACGACCUCAUUUCGAACAUGACGAUGAGAUCAGCGACUGUUCAGUUUCCCAAGUUGCAGAUUUCAAAUUCUUUCGAGCUCAAAACGGCUCUGCAAAAGUUAGGCAUCAGCGCGAUGUUCAACCGAGGGGAAAGCAACUUUUCGCUCCUAAACCCGCAGGACGCUACCGGUGAAAGUCCAACCGUGGGUGGAAUGCUCCAUAAGGUGUUUCUGGACGUCAACGAAGCCGGAACUGAAGGUGGAGCCGUGACAGCCACGCUUCUGGAUCGAUCAAUGCCGGCGAUCAAUUUCCGAGUGACCACCCCGUUCCUUCUGGUCAUCCGGCAUGAAGUGACCAAGUUGUUGCUUUUCUAUGGACCGGUCUAUGAUCCGUCCGUUUGAAACGUCUCGAAGCUGCUGGACCUCUUCUUAAUGCUUAAGACUAGGCGCUGUAUACUCAAAACAAAAUCCUCGCUUCUUUCAUCACCGUAGGGGGUAUUUUAUUGUAUCAAUAAAUUCAUUUGGAAUUUUUGCACCAACU